GAAGGAGCGGGUGCCUGUCGCAUAUCGAAUGGACGGCGCGCUUGGGCCCCACGACUUGGCGGUCACCAUCAACAUCCACCUCUCGACCAGCAACCACAACCAGUAGAAGCCGUCGUCACACAAUCUACAAUCACUAUGGUGUGUUCCCUCAAGGAUAUGUUGCUCAGAGCGACAAGGUCACAAGCUAACACCUGCCCCAGUCUGCACAAAACUCGGCUGGAAUCCAAACGCUGCUCGACGCUGAGCGCGAGGCCCAGAAGAUCGUCCAGCAGGGUAUGUUCUGACCUUUGCGCCGCCUUCUGCAUCCACACUAACAACAAAACAGCCAGAGAGUACCGCACCAAGCGCGUAAAGGACGCUCGUUCCGAGGCCCAGAAGGAGAUCGACGAGUACCGUAACAAGAAGGAGGAAGAGUUCAAGCAAUUCUCAACACAGCACACCAGCGGCAACGAGCAGGCCGAGAAGGACGCCUCCAAGGACACAGACGAGAAGUUGAAGGAGAUCAAGAGCAUUGGCGACAAGGAGGGCAGCACCGUCGUCGACAACCUGCUACGCGCCGUCACCGAUGUCAAGCCCCAGGUUCCCGACAGAGUCGAGCAGCCCGUCGCAUAA